AUGGAAAAAGCACUUACAGUGAUUGGCUGUAUGGACAUAGACCUUGCACUAAGGGAAGAACAACAUACACCUCUCACUGCGGAAAGCACCCCUGAUGCUAAAAGAGAUUUUGAGAGGAAGGAUCGUUCAAAUUGCAUGAGUCUAAUGAUCUUGAAGUACAGCAUUCCAGAAGCCUUUAAGGGCAUAGAAUCUGAAGAGAUUACUCAAGCUAGGGGUUUCCUUGAUGAAAUUGAGAAACGUUUUGCUAAAAAUGAUAAGGUUGAGAUGACAUCACUUCUGACUUAUUUGAUGUUUAUGAAAUAUAAGGGUCAAGGAAACGUGAGGGAGUACAUAAUGGAGAUGUUUCAUAUUGCUUCAAGACUUAAGGCACUUAAGAUCGAGCUUUCUAAUGAAUUGUUUGGUCUUAUGGUUUUGGUAUCGCUUCCUUCACAGUUUGACCAAUUUAAAAUUAUUUACAACUGUCAGAAGAAGAAAUAG